AUGGCAAUAUUUCGUAUUCAUGCCGGUGUUACAAGCGAACAAAUAAUAGAUAUGUUUCAUGAAUUUUCUCAAAGAGCACAUGGAUGUCUUCUACAAAAUAAACGUUUAUGGGUUUUUCUUGAUGAAUUUAAUACUACACCAAGUAUUGGUUUAAUUAAAGAAAUAACUUGUGAACGAACACUUCUUGGUGAACCAUUACCAGAUAAUAUGGUUCUAUUAGGUGCUUGUAAUCCUCAACGACGUAAAAAAAAUAACAAAAUUUUUGAUAAUCAUAUUGGUAUUAAAAAAGAUCUUUAUGAAAUGCAACGUUUAAAACAAGGUUCAGGCGUUUCACUUUUAUAUACAGUUGUAUCAAUACCAGAAACUAUGCUUGAAUAUGUUUGGGAUUAUGGUUAUCUUGAUGAUGCUAUAGAAAAGAAAUAUAUUCGAACAAUGUUAAAUACAUGUGAACAAUUAGUAGAAAAUACCGAAUGGUUCAAUGUAGUUGUUAUAAUGAUAUCCAAAUCACAAAAAUUCUUUCGUGAUCUUGAAGAUGUUAGCAGUGUAUCAUUACGUGAUGUAGCACGUUUUUGUCGUCUUUAUAAUUGGUUUCGAAAAUCAAUUAUUGAACGUGAAGGUGUCGAAAAAUUUUCUAAAGAUUCACUUGUUCUUCUUCGACGUUCAAGUUUAAUAGCUCUUCUACUUUGUUAUUAUUUUCGUCUUAAUUCCCCAAUUGAUCGAAAUAAUUAUACAAAAUUAAUGGAAGAAAAUCUUGUAUCUCGAUUACCAAUUCUAUCAAAAGUUGAAAAUUUUCUAGUUAAAUUUCUUGAAAUGGAACAAAAAAAAAUCAUUGAACGAAUGGAUUUACCUUCAGGUACAGCAAAAAAUCAUGCACUUAUGGAUAAUAUAUUUGUUAUUCUUAUUUGUAUUGUUAAUCGUAUACCUGUUAUUAUAUGUGGUAAACCAGGUUGUAGUAAAACAUCAGCUGUACAAAUUGUAAUAAGUAAUUUAAAAGGAAAAAAAUCAUCUGAUGAAUAUUUUCAAAAAUUACCAGAAUUAAUUGCUGUUUCAUAUCAAGGUUCACAAAAUUGUACAUCAGACAGUAUUAUAAAAGUAUUUCAACGUGCUGAUAAAUAUUUAGACGUUAAAAAGGAUGCAGAUAUUUUACCAGUGAUUGUUUUCGAUGAAAUUGGUUUAGCAGAAUUAUCUCCACAUAAUCCAUUAAAAGUAUUACAUAGUAAACUUGAAGUUGAAACAUGUCAAUAUGGUUUUGUUGGUCUAUCGAAUUGGCGUCUUGAUGCAUCAAAAAUGAAUCGUACACUUUAUUUAUCAUGUCCUGAUCCUGAUGUAGCAGAUUUAAAAUUAACAGCUAAAAUUAUAUCAAAUUCCUUAAUACCAUCUGAAGGUCAAAUAUCUCGAAUAGAUCCAUCAAUUAUUACAACAUUAGCUACUUCGUAUUAUGAAUUAUAUGAAUCUUUAAAAAUUCAAGAACAACAAAAAUAUGUAAAUUAUUUUGGUUUAAGAGAUUUUUAUUCAUUAAUUAAAGGUGUUGUUAAUGAUUUAAUUAAAUCAAAAACUAAAGAUGAACGAUAUAAAUGUAUUCGUCAACAAUUAAUUAUUAAUUUUGAUGGUGUUCUUGAUGGUUCACAUUUUAUGUGGAAUCAUUUUUGUGAACAAAUACAAAGUAAACAUUUAAUUGAACAAUAUAAAUCUCCUACAUUUAAAGAAUUACUUGAUCUAAGAUUAACAUCACGACAAGGACGUUAUUUAAUGUUAAUUGCUGAAAAUGAAAGUGUUAUUGAUUAUGUUGAAAGAUAUAUUAUUCUUAAACAUCAACCACCACCUGUACGAACAUUAAUUGGUAGUUGUUUUUCAGGUGAUUUAGUAUCUGGUACAACGUAUACUGAACAAUAUAAUUAUCGCGUACUAAUGGAUAUAAUACUUUAUGCUGAAACAAAUGUUACAUUAAUUAUGCGUCGUAUGGGACAUUUAUAUGAUAAUUUAUAUGAUUUAUUUAAUCAAAAUUUUGCUAUAUCAGGAAAGAAAAAAUAUUGUCGAAUUGCACUUGGUGCUUUAUAUCAUCCACGUUGUCUUGUUAAUGAUGAUUUUUAUUGUGUUGUAUUUGUACGAAAAGAAGAUUUAGCAAAAUGUGAUCCACCAUUUCUUAAUCGUUUUGAAAAACACAUUAUUGAUAUGAAAUCACUAGUUCAACAACGUCAUUGGUUAAUUACAGACAAUUUACUUGCUGAGCUUUUUGCAUUACUUCCAAGAAAUAUUAACAAAUAUUUUCCACUUUUACAACAUUUAUUUGUUGAUUAUAGUAAUGAUUAUAUAUGUAAUUUAGUUAUUGACGCAUUUGAUAAUUUACAGAUUUCACUUGAUGAUGAUGAUAAUAAAACAAUUGAUGUUAUUAAUUAUUGUAAAAAUAAAUUAAUUAGAACUAGUUCAUGUGAUUUACUUUUAAUACUUUCAGUACAAUCUAAUGAAUGUCAUCCUCUUAUAGAUCAAUAUUAUGAUUUACAUACAAAUUUAUCAUUUCAAACAAUUAUUAAACAAGCAUUAAAUGAAAAACUUUUACCUAAUCAAGUUAUUUAUACAUAUACACAAAUCUAUCAUAUGAUUAAUUAUAAUUCUAAUGAAAUUGAAGAAGUUAAAUUAAGUAUAUUUAAAAGUGAACUUGAAUUAACAAAUAGAAUCAAACAACAUUAUCAAAAAAAGGAUAAUUAUCGUUUAUUAAUUAUUCGUGUUGAUUAUCAUCAAGAACAUGAACAUAUUUUAUUAUUAAAACAUAUUUUACUUAAUUCAAAAAUUCAAUCGACUGAUCGAAGUGUUUGGUUAAUAUUUCACCUUCAACGUAAUAUGCUUAAUCAAACAACAAAUGAAGUUUUAUUUAAUGGUUGGUCAACUAUAAUGAUUAAUGAUUUGAAUGAACAUAAAUUAAUACCAAAACCAGUUUUACUUGAUCCAUCGUAUCUUGAUUUAGUUACUCAUCCAGAUUUUCUCUUAUCGGAAUCUACGCUUGAUGAAAUAAUUGAUCGAUGUUUAACAAAAUUUCGUUAUACAGUUUCUCAUAAAGAUCUAAUGACACAAAUAAAUAUUCGACGAAAUCAAAUCACUGAAUAUUUAACAAUAACUAUUGAAUCACAAUCCUUACGUUCGAUAAUUCAAAAAAAUUUAUUGAACUUAAUCAAAGAUAUAAAAUUAGAUCGAUUUAUUGAUUGGCGUCAAGAUUUAUUAACAAAUGGAAUAUUAAUCGGUACAUGUCGUUCAUUUAAUGAUGCAUUACAAUCAACUAUUUCAAUAUAUUAUGAAAGUUAUCUUUUAUUAUUAUUUUCUCAUUUUGAAAAAUAUUCAUUUAUUGAUUCAUUUUUAUUUAUGAGUAAAAAUAAAAAUAAUUAUUUAUUAAAUAAAAUUUGGUUUGAUUGUUUAACAUCAACAAUAAAAAAUAUUGAUAUAACAAUAAUGAAUGUUGAUGUUAUUGAAAUGCCAUUAAUAUUUAAUUUACAUUUACCAUGUCCUAUACAAGAAUAUGAAAUAAUUCGUUCAAUACGUCAAAUAAUUCUACAACGUCGUGAUGAUAAUAUUAAUGAUGAAGAUUUAAUGAAUCUUGCUAUUAAACAAUUACGUACAAAAAGUAUAUAUGAAUCAAAUAUUGAAAUUAUAUUUAAUGAUAAUGAUUUAUUUCGAUAUUAUUUUAAUGAUCAAUUAUUACUUGCACAAGAUGAAGCAAAAAUUUAUCAAUUAUCUUCAUUAUUUAUUAAAUGUUUACUUAUGACAAAUCAAACAAGAUCUAUUAUUGAUCAAUUAAGACAUUUACUUAUUGAUUAUAAUGAAUUAUUUGAAAUUUUACGAUUAUUUGAAAUUAGUAAAAAAUUAAUCGAUGAAAAUGAUUUUAUCAAUCAAAUAUUUAAUCGACAAUUAAUUAUUUCAGAUGAAACAGAUAUGAAAAUAAAUAAAAAUGAUAGUAUAUUUUAUAAUCUUGUUUUAACAGAUGAACAUUUUUCUUUAAUUCCACCAAAAUCCGAAAUGUCUAGUGAACAUAUAUUAAAAUGUGAAGGUGAUCCAUUUAUUGAAGUUAGUUUAAUGAAUCUAAUUGAACUUCUUGUUUCUCCAUCUAUUAUUGAUCGUAUUGAUAAUAUUGAACAAUUAACAACAACAUAUUGUCUUGUUGCUCAAGGUAUACUUGGUUUAACACAUUAUUCAGUAAAUAAUCUUGAAAAAAUACGUUCAUUUAUUAGUCUUAUUCGUUGUAUAACAACUUUAAUAUCGACUAAUAAAGCAUUAGAUGUUUUUAAACAAGCAUGUAGUUAUGGUGGUUUUGAUGCAACAUUUAAAACAUGUGAUGAUAUACAUAGAUUUAUUAAUCUUUUACAAAGAAUUAUUAGUACAAAUGCACCAAAUAUAAAUGAAACAGUGAUACAACGAACAUUACUCAAACUUGAAAGUGAAUUUUUAAAAAAUUGGCUUGUUGAUCAUACUGAUCAAUAUUUAGAUAUAAUUACAUUAAUGAGUAAAUCUAAUAAUAAUCUUUGGCAAUAUUCAGCAAAAAUUUUUACUUAUAUUGAUCGAAAACUUCAAUUAUUACUAAUGAUUCAAGAUUUUAAUGGACAAUUACCAUCGAUUGAAAAUUCUGAAAAAUUAGAUGAAAAUUUACGCGAAUUAAUGGAUAAAUAUCAACAAUUUGAUGAACAUUUACAACAAUUAAAUGAUACAUCACGAAAAAUUGAACAUAUUAUGGUUACUCGUAUUCAUAUGCAUCUUAUAUUAAGUGUAAAUAAUAAAGAAAUCAUAGAAAAUAUUCUUCAAGAACAUUUUAAUCAAUUUGAAGAAAAUAUACAAAUAAUACAAAAUAAACAAAACCCUUAUAGUUUAACAUUAAUUAGUUUAAUAUCUUGGUUAAAAUAUUAUGCACAACUUUAUACUUUUGUUCUUAUUAAUGAUAGUCAUCAUGCUAUAUUAGAAGAUAUUGAUAAAUUACUCACACGUGAUGAUUUUCUAUUUUGUUCAACUAUUAAAUUAUUUAUUAUUAAACAAUUAUGUCAAAUGUCGAAUAUUACACUUAAUGAUUUUCGUGAUAUUAUUGUUAAUCGAAAUGUUACUUGGAUUCAACCAAUGAUUGCUUUACCUACAGGUCAAAAAACAAAAGAAGUUCAACGUAGUCUUACUUUACCAACACCUUUAUUUGAAUGUUAUGAUGAAUUUCUUCGAGUUGAUCGUAUUCUAACACAUAAUACUAAUAUUCAUGAAAUACGACAAUUAAUUAUUCAAUGUCAAAAAAAACAAGAUACAUUCUAUUGUUUUAUUAUUUGGUUUAUUCAUUAUUAUGCACGUUUCUAUAUAAAUAAUGAUACAUCAUUAAAUAAUUAUUAUCAACAAUUAAUUGAAAAAGAACUUAGUAAAGAAAUAAUUGAAUGUUUUGAUUUUCUUGGUUACAAAUUACUUGUUUUCUUAUGUACAAAUUUUAAUAAGUCAACUUAUUUUUGUUUAAAUUCAAUAAUGACAAUCGAUGAACUUCAUCAACGUUUAAUUGCUUUAAAUAUUAUUGCUCUAUUAUUAUCAUUAAAAACUUUAUGUCAUACAUCUUAUUUAAGUAGUCUUCUAUUUGAUGGAAAUCUUAAAAUGCCACAAAAUUAUACAACUCAUAUGCAAUCAUCAGUUUGUUUACCUGGUCUUAUAUCAAGUAAUCCAAUUAUUACACAAAUGAUUGAUGUACGUACAACUGUUAAAGAACGUUUAGAUCGCGGUCACAUACAUGAACCAGGAAAAUUUGUUUUUAAAUGUUCAAAAGAUUGUUUAUAUAUGUUUUAUUUUGUUAAUUGUGGUGUACCUGUUGAUAGGAGUAAAUGUCCAUUUUGUAACAAAGAUAUUGGUGCAGCACAAUAUGGUGUUCUUAUUGAACGUAAUCCACCACAAAUUCAAAUGACAAUUGAUGAAGGUUUUCAAUUUAUUAAUAAUUAUAUUGAAGAAUAUAAUAAAAAACCAAGAUAUGGUUAUCAUAAUCAAACACCAGCUAUACAAAGUAAUCAACAUGAAAAAUCUGAUCAUUUAAAUCGAUCAAUAUCAUAUCGUUUCAUGCAUAUGAUAACACAUGUAACUUUAUUAUUUCUUAAUGAAUUAUCUCUAUUACCAGAUUUUGGUCUAAAAAAUCCUUUACAUUUUAAAGAACAUUUUGAAAAAGAUCUUCAACUUCUUAGUCAACAAUUAAAUGAUAGUGAACAGUGUUAUAUAUGGUUAUAUAAAAUAAUUAAUCAUAUGAUUAAUAAAGAUUUUAUUAUAAAAGGUUUUAUGAAUACAAAUGAAAAAGUUAUACAUAUAGAAAAACUUCUUGAAGAAAAACUUCUAUUUAAUCAUAUUGAAUCUAUUGCAAAUGAAAUCAAUCAAUAUAAAAUUGCCUAUAAUGAAUAUAUUCGACAACAAAAUCAAGAAGCAUCAUUUGAAGAUUUUUUUGAUGAAAUUUCACAAGAUGAAAAUAAAUAUCCAUUAUUAAAUUUUUUUAAUGUUACAAAUAUUUAUACAUCAAAUCCAAUAGAUGAAUUUCGUAUAAGACUUCAAACAAUUCCCUAUGGAGACAAAAUUUAUCCAAUAACGACAUUUUUAAUGAAACGUCUUUCAGAUUAUGCUAAUAUUCAAUAUCUUUAUCCAAUUGUUACAUUUACAAAUUAUCUUAUUGAAAAAUUUAAUCAUCGUAUUAAACGUAAUGAUGCAUCGGAAACUACAAUAUCAUAUUAUUUAACACAUGGCUCAGAUUGUGAAACAAUAGCUCAACUUUAUAAUGGUUUUAUUCAGGCUUGGUAUAAACUUAAUUUAAAUGAAUUACAAUAUGGUUGCCAACCAACUAAAUUUGAAUUACCAUUAUCACAAGAAGAUUUUGCAACAAAUACAAAACUUGCUAUGGUUUUAUUAAAUACAACUAAAGAUGAAAGUAGUAUUUUAUUAGCUGCAUGUUUACGAACAAUAGGUCAAUUACAAAAUGAAAUUGUUCAUUUUUUUCAUAAUAAAAUAGUUAAUGAUGCUGAUAAUAAUCGUUAUCAUCAAAAUGCAAUACCAAUUCAAUCAAUUCGACCAGAACAUAUACUUCGUCUUGAUGCAGAUGUUAUUAGUACAAAAUUAAUAACUGAUGGGUUUACUAUCAGUUAUCAAUAUGGUAAGAGUCGAGAUAUUAUUUAUGAUUAUGAAGAAAUUGAAAUAACUUUAAGAAAUAUGAUCAGUUGUUUACCAUUAAUUGAUACAGAAAAAUUACGUUUUCUUAAUUAUCAAUUUGAACUUUAUAGUGAAAAUACAUCAUUAAUAAAUGAUGUUCGAACACGUAUUAAACAAGAAUCAUUAAAACAAAAUGAAAAAGCGAAAUUAAAAAAUUUAGUAAAUGGUAUGCAAAAUGAUGAUAUACUUCAUUAUCUUGGUUCACUUGAUUAUGUAUUUACAUAUUUACGUAAUAUUGAUAGUGAAACAACAAAUGAUUCAUUAACAAUUCAAUCAUUUGUUGAAAAUUAUAUACGUUCAAGUGUUUGUCUUAAUGAUAAUGUUCUUCAACGUCCACCAUUUGCAACAGUUAAUCUUAAAUAUAUAAUUGAUCUAUAUGAAUUAAUAGAAGAAACUGCAUUUGAUAAAGUUUUACGUCAUUAUAUAAAACAAAAUUUAACUGAAGAAUUAUUUGCUAUUGAACAACGACAAAGUUUAAUUAGGAAAUUUAGUGAUAUGACAUUUAAAAAAGAAACUAUUGCACCUUCACUUAAAAAUAUAAAUUCAUGGAUUGGUAUACUUAAACGUUUAAUGGUACGUGUUUUAUCAAAUGUUAAUGUUAGUCUUGAUGCACCUAUACAAAUUUAUCUUGAACGAACUGAUUUAUGGACUGGAAAUAUAAUUGAAUCUGAUAUACAAACAUUCGAAGUUAAGGAUGAAAUACUUUUACAACAUACAUAUAUACUUUUAAAAGGAUUAGAAUAUGAACGAGAUAAGUUAUCAUUAACAAAUACUAAACCAAUAGAUAUUGAACAACAAUCAACAUUACAAAAAAAUCUAUUACAAAAUUCCGAAACACAAUUAUUAAAAGUAAAAACUUGGCAUAAUGAUAGUAUUAGUAAUGCUAGUAUGAUGUCAAGAGUUAUUAAAAGUGAUAAAACUACAAUUAAAAAAAUGCGCGUCUAA